UCCACUCUAGUGGCGAGCAUGAGGAAUGUCUCCCGCCGCGGCUUUGCUCUCCGGUUGUUUCAGACUUGAAAUCCGAGGGAGAGGAGCAAGCCGCCAUUUUCCGUGUGACGCUCUCCCUAAAACGGCAACAGUAAAAACGGAUUACCGGGGAAAAUACAUCAAAAUUCAUCGAUUAAAGCCUUUGGGAAAUAUGACAAGACCAAUUGGACUUGAGUACGAAUACAACCGCAUUUGAAAUAUGCUAGAUUGGACAUCUAGCUACUGUAUAAUUACAAAGUGAGAGAGCAAGCAAGCUGACUCGGUUCCUCAACUACUCGUUGUUUCGCCCAUUUCGUGAUUCCGGGAGCUACACGGGGUUGCUGAAUUUGGAGCGCACGAGACGGAUUUUGUGAAGAGGCUUUCUCAAACUAGUUGAUUUUUCCACAUAAUUUGUUUCCUUGAUGAAAUCACUAUUAAACUGCGGGAUUUGUUUCUAAAAUUCCCCCGGACUCAGUCCUCAUCACGUGGCUGCCCUCUGGCGAGGCGGUAGGUGGGUGGUGUGGAGCUGGCCUCAGCAUCGGGAGAGGCCCCCUCGCCCGCCCCCUCCCCGUGCUGCUGCAUGGCUGCGAUGGCGCCCGCUCUAACCGACGCGCCGGCCGACGCCCACCGCAUCCGUUUCAAGCUGGCUACGCCCUCCUCCACACUCUCCCCGAGCGGAGCGGAGGGCAGCGGGGGCACCGGCCACAUCCUAGUCGCCAGCAACGGCGCCGUCAAGCGCAAGGCCUCGGAGGAGCGUGGUCUCCGGGGCAGCGCCGGCAUCCUCGCAGGUAAAGGGGCGGAGGAGUCGCCACGGGGCAACGAGGCCCCCUCAGCGCCCCUGGGCAAACUGCAGCCGCUGGUGGCGUCCUACCUGUGCUCGGACAUGACGUCUGUGCCCUCCACCAAGGAGUCACUGAAGCUGCAGGGCGUCCUGCUGCAGAAGCACGGCGUGCUGCCCGGCUUCCUGCCCAGGAAACGCCAGGCGCUGGGGUUCUCCGAGGAGCAGCUCAAGAGCCUCGUGAGCAACAGCAGGGGAGGAAAUACGACGAUAGCACCGGUCAACGGCGUGUCCAAGAAGUUGGCCAAAAACGAGCCAGACCGCGACUGGAACAACGUGGCGGCAGUAAACGGCGGUAACAACGUGCCGCCGGCAGGGCUUGGACGGGACUCCCCGGCGCCCCAGCCCCAGACGACCGCCCCCAGGGAGAGCUCUCCUCUCAUUGGGGGUGGAGAACACCAGCCCCCUGCGGGGGUGUCCAGAAACCCUGACCAUCCGUCACACCCGGCAACCUCCACCCACCCCCCAACGUACCUCCCCGACAGCAGACCCUACGACCGGCCGCCGUCGCUGGCUCCGGAAACAUCUGCCCUCCCCCUACCAGGCCGACAGGCCUCCCCGGGCCUUGGGGUCCUCGGGGAGGAGGUCAGGGAGAGGACCCAGCAGACCAGGACCCGGCAGGGGGAGAUUGAAGGGCGCCUGCGCCGCCUGAAGAAGCGCCUGCAGGUGGUCCAGGCCAAACAGGUGGAGCACCACGUCCGGCAGCAGCUUAGGGGGCUCCUGGAGAGCACGCUUGGCCCGCCGGACACCCUCCUUACCCCGCGGGAGAGGGAACGGCUGGGGCGGUUCCUGAAGGACGCCUCAGUAUCGGCGGAGCUGGAGCAACUGUCCCUCAGCGGAACCACCAACCUCAGGGCCGCGGAGGGAGCCUUCGACUCCGAUGCAACAGAGAGCAGCUCCGGGGGCGAGACGGACGUGGAGGAGGACGAGCUGGCCAGGGCGAAUGUCGACCGGCGACACAUCUCUCUGUGGAGACGCGCAGAAGGGCGCUUCGCGGCAGAAAGGGCCUCCAUCGUCAGCCACUGGAACUGGCUGCAGGCCCACGUGUCCGACCUGGAAUACCGCAUCCGACAGCAGACGGACAUCUACCGACAGUUACGCUGCAACAAGGGCUCCGUAAGGCUGGCAGAGACCGCCCCCAUUGACCUGCCACCCGGUGACGGGGAGCUGAAGGCGGAGCUUCUCGGUUGCAUGGUAACACAGGAGUGCGGAUCAGAUGGCGGGGCAGAGGGUCCCGGAUUGGUUGCCGCGGAAACAGGCCUGCGGAAAAGCUGUGCGUCCGGGAAACCGGUUAACGGCAUCAUCAACAGCCUGCGAUCUGGUUCUCCAGAAUGUUCUGAGCUGGAGGAGCAGCUGAGGAAGCAGCAGGCCUCCUCCCAGCUACAGCGCUCCCUCCAGGAUGACACAUGCGUUGCGGCUCGCACACGCCCCCUCCUCAGCUGCAAGAGACGACGCCUAGUCAGACCAAGCACUGUCACCAACCUCAACCGCAAGGUGCAGAAGAUGGGCGUCCCUGUUGGCUGUGGCUGUGAGGUUAACCCCCAGUGUGUGACGUGUGGGGGCCACCCUGCGCCUCACUCAGAGCCCCAGUACGACCGCCCUUUACUGGAGAGGCUCUCCCAGUUCGACCCCUGUGUCCACCCCAUCCUCUCCCUGGCAGAUGAUGUCACCACAGGUCUGCACCUGCAGCGUGUUCUCCAGUCCCACUGGAGCAGCCGGCCGUUGGAGAAGAUCAAACCCCAGAAGAAGCUCUCCCUGAAACACAAGCUCUCAACGGGACGUCAGCGCGACCCCUCUGCCUUCUCUAAAGAUAAACACAAGAUGACCAACUCCUCCCUGCUCUCCACUGUCCGCAUCACCCAUCACAAGGUGCGUUCAGAGAAGCUACACAGGCUGCCGCUGGAUCACCUGCUGGGGCCCGCCAAGCUGGAGAGCCGUCCUUACUACAGAGGGGAGCGGGCCCACGGGCCCUUUGACUCCAAGAGCCACGCACGCAGGAGGCCCAGGGAGCACUCCCUGUCACUGGACCGGGUGAACAGCACCCCUAAGCUGUACCUGGAUGGGGGCAGUCCGUGCCAAUCAGUCUCUGCUGGGCUCCACACCCCUACCCACAAUCCCCUGCUUCGACAGCUGUCUGCCUCCUCAGAGACCAACUCGUUGUCUUGCACCCCCUUCAACAGCAGCCUGAGGGACAACAGCAACCCGCCCAUCCGCAGGAGGAGGGGAGAAAGCUCCUUCGACAUCAACAACAUCGUCAUCCCCAUGUCCGUGGCGGCCACCACACGUGUGGAGAAACUGCAGUACAAAGAGAUCCUGACCCCCAGUUGGAGGGAGGUGGACAUUUGUGCCAAGCCAAUUGCUGAGGAAGAUGACGUUGUGGAGGUUGAGGACCUGUCAGAUGCUGCCUUCUCCCAGCAUCAUCAGCCGUGUGAGGACCAGGAGCGUUCCCGCUGGAGCUGGACGGCCAUCGCCAAGAGGAGGGGCAGCCGGUCGUACGUCAGCGGUCGGCUGGACGGUCGCACCACUCCCCUGCUGGGUGGCACCAACCCCUCCACGCCCCAGCCCUCCUCCCCGGACACGCUCCACUUCCACGCCCUGCAGGACUACGGCAGCGCGCCCUCCCCCUGCUCCCCGGCCAGCCCCGACCUGCUGCCCUACCCCUACGCCUCGGGGGGCUACUGCUACACCCCGGGGUCCAGGGACUCCCAGCGCCUGCUGUCCAAUGAGGACACGCGCAGCUCCACGCCAGAAGGCACUUAUGAAGAACUGGUUCCCGUCCCAGUGCACCCGUGGGAGAGGAGGAGCUUCCCCCUGGACAGCGACCCGCCGCAGGAGCACGAGGAGCGCCCCUACAGAACCCUGCGCCGCAUCUCUGGCUGCAAGACGGGCUCCUCCAAAUCGGAGUCCGACACCGGGGGCCCCCCCUCGCCCCUCCUCCUGCCCGCUGUCACCAGGUCUUCCCACCGAUGAACUGAUGCUCUCGCCGUCGCUUCUCCUCCCACGCGACUAAAAAAAACGGGAACCAGAGCAACCGUGACAGUUGAAACAGCAAAGAAAAUAUAUGGGACUGCUGCUGUUUGAUAUUCAAACAUCAGUCAAAUCUUUCACAGUUUUUAGUGAACUCAUCAAUAACCCCACCACCCACCCACUUCCCCAAUAAGAAAUCAUGUCUUUCUUUUCUUGGUCGCUGGAAUGAAUCAUAUAUAAAGUCAGUCAGAAAAUAGACCGAAGGCUGUGUGUAGGCCAUGGGCUGUCACCUGUGACUCUGGCUGUGAGUGAAUAUUUGUAGCUUUCCGUUCUCAUCUCAGUAGAAAGAAAUUGGAAAAGACAAAGCCACAGCGUUGCCCUCUUUCCUCUAGCUGGCUACGCUGUGCGCCUCUGAAUUAAACCUAAUAUUUGUCCCUCCCCAGGGGGUCCAUCUGAAUCUUGAAGUGACUCUUACAGCAACAGUUCACAGAGCAUCGUUUUCUGAGCUAUGGCUUUCCCAUGAUGCUGUUUGUCUCUCUGUUCAGUUAAAAUCCAUUCUCCCUAUGCGUUGUCACUAUGUAGCUGUUUUAAUCCUACAGGAUCCUAUAGGAUAUUUCCUUUUAACCACCUGUCAAAAAGAUGGCUGUGGGCUGUGAACGAAAGUCGGCGGGCCAGACUAUUGGAAUUACUUUAGCACUGCCAGAACUUCUACAUGCAGUGUUAGGUUAUCCUUAUUAGACUAGUUUUGAAUGAAUGAAUCAGACAAAACAAGGCCAAAGGAAUGAAUGAUAAUGUGUAAUAUGUUGACAUAUAUAUUAAUGGAGACACAUCAGCCAAACCCUGUGUGACUGUCCCUUUUGGAAGUAGAGGCAUUUGGUGUGUCUGUAUUUGAACAAGUGCAUUUUGGAUCGCUUUCUGUCUGCUUUCACCAAUUUCCGUUGUGGUGUGCUGUUAUGUCACACUGUUUUGAUUUAGAUUUCAUAAUGUUCUAGAAAUCACUAGUGUGCAGCCCGGCAGUGAGGUUCCAAUUACAAAGAAAGCUGUUUUUGAAUGUAUUUUUUUGCUAAGUAUAUGAGCUCAAGACCCUUUUCAAUUCGCUCUACUUUCUCUACACCAGCUAAUGAAGAGGGUUGCCGAUGUUCAGUCACAACCAGAAUCAGCGUUCAGUGCAUAGUCUUGCAACUGGCAUGUUGCGCUGUAUAGCAACACCUACAGACACUGAUAAAAAGGAUGUCCUAAUUAGUCCUAAUUAGAUUGAAAUAAUCACUCUGAAUUGGGAGACAAAUGUAAUGUUGGGUUUAAUGCAGCUUUGGCAACAAGGUUUCGUAAGGAACUGAGUCACUUUGAUCAUGCCCAGGUCAGCAACCAGCCAGUCUGUCUGUCUUGCCCUCUCUACUCAUCCUACCCUCUAAUGCCCUUAGCCCAAGCAGUGAAAAGCACCUGUUAGGUAGCCAAUCGUAAGCUUGCAUCACCCUGCUGCAACCAAUGAAUGCCCUUUUCUUGUUCCUGUUAACUAGUUUGGAAUCAUGUCUGAGGUCAUGUUUGAGUCUCUCAAUAAAAAAACAAAUUCUAAGAAUGUAUUAAGAAAUAUCUUUGAGAUCGCUGUUUGGUUGAGCCUUAGUCCAUUUAAUAUUUUGAAAAGGAGUUUUGUCCCUCAUCUGAUUCCUGCUGUAUGUCAAUGUUAGGAGGAGACAAAGUCUCUGCUCGUGGAUCCUUCCGAUCAUUCUGGGACAGGAGGCUGUCUGUCAAGUUCCCCACCCCCAUCCCCCGUUGUGACCUGUGGUCGGUCAAGAAAUGCAGACAAAAAGACAAACAGGAUUUUCAAGGGACCAUUCUUGCCUAUCGCCCUCUGUCCUCACUGAGGUCCCUCCAUCUCCUCCAUGAAUGAUGAUCUAUGGUGUCCUCAAUUGGAGACUGGACAUCUGAGAGACAGAUGUACAGUAGGGUUUGUGACUAGCAUUGAGAAGCCGAUAUUGUAUUGCGUGGGUUAUUUUCAUACUUAGAAUUUCCAACUGGUGAAUGGGGCUGGCUGAGUCUGGUAUAAUCCUUUAGCAUGUAAUAGUUUGUACAAAAAAAAAAA